AUGGGGACCAACAGCCACUCUCAGACCACCACAACCACAGAGGUGACCACAGGUGGCCAAAUUCAGACAGAGACAGGUUCCCAGAUACCACCCUCUCCUGAUGCAACAACCACCUCACAUGCUCCAAAUGUGAGCACCUCACCUCCCAGUACAUCAGAGAGCUUAUUCCCGACACCCUCCACAGAAAGCACCUCUGUAGACACAGCACACACAACAGCAAUAGCCACUCAAGGAUCUACACCUGCCACCACACAGGUCUCGCCAACCCCUUCAUCCCAGAAAAUGUCAACAAAACUGUCCACAGUGUCAACACCCAGCCUCUCUACUCAGGAAUUGACAACCCUUUCUCAGAGCCAACACACUGGAAGCAUGGAGACCAGCAGCCAACCUCAAACCACCACAACCACAGAGGUGACCACAUCAACCCCUUCAGCCUCCUCAAGGGGGUCCACACAAACACAGACAGUUUCUUGGGGAGCACCCUCCUCAGGUAAUAUAACUACCCCUUCUAUUCCCAGCAAUAGUACCCCACCUGUAACCACAUCCAACAUAUUCAUCACCACAGAUGCCACCUUGGGAAAUGCAGGGCACACACGUGUAACUGGAAGCCUCAAUGUGAUCACGUCAAGAGUCACAAGCACAAGUCUAGUUGGACAGUCAACAGUAGUGCAUAGCACCUCUACUCAGCAGUUCUCUACACAUUCUCAGAGCCACUGGACUGAAGGCAUGGGGACAUCCAGCACAUCUCAAACCAGCAUCCUCCUCACAGAGGUGACCACAGAAAAGCCUGUUGCCUCUUCACCUGGACCUACUGUGACGGAGACCUUCUCUCCCGGGUCAUCCUCCUCAGGAUUGACCCCAAAGACAGACAAUGACAGAAGCACAACACUCCUGGCCACUUCCUUGACCCUUACUACUCCCAGCACAACCACAGGCUCCAGGUUAACUGUGCCCCCAGCGUCUCUUUUACCAGAUCAGAGCAUUUCCCUCUUCCCCUAUGGGUCUGAAGUCGGAGACUGGAAACUUUUUGCCAGGACUGUGGAUUUUAACUCACCAAUCUUCAAGAUCCAGAUUGGCUUUCCCCUCGGCUCCUCCCUGCGGGAUUCCUUCUACUUUACAGAUAAUGGUCAGAUCAUUUUCCCAAAAUCAGACUAUGAUGUCUUCUCCUAUCCCAACCCACCUCAAAGAGGCUUCACAGGAAGAGAACACGUGGCCAUGGUGGCCCCAUUUUGGGGUGAUGCUGAUUUCUCUAGCUCCAAGGGAGCCAUAUUUUACCAGGAAUAUGUCACAUUUUACAAUGAACGCCAUCAGCUAAUCCGGGAGGUGGAGACUUUGAUUAAUGAGUUCACACGUGACUGGGGCUACAAAGCCAAGUGGACCCUGAAGGUCACCUGGGUCAAUGUUUCUGCCUACCCUUCCCAGAGGAGCUAUGGGACCAAUACCUACCAAGCCAUCCUCUCUACAGAUGGGAGCAGGUCCUACGCCCUGUUUCUCUACCAGAGUGGUGGCAUGAGAUGGGAUGUGACCCAGGGACUGUACGACCGAGUGCUCAUGGGCUUCUCCAGUGGAGAUGGGUAUUUUGAAAACAGCCCGCUGACAUUCCGGCCAGCAAUGGAGAAGUACCGUCCAGAUCGAUUCCUGAAUUCCAAAUUAGGCAUCCGGGGACUGCAGGUCUACAGGCUACACAGGGAGGAGCGGCCCAACUACCGGCUCAAGUGUCUGUGGUGGCUGGAGAGUCAGCCUCAGCAGCCCAGCUGGGGCUGGGGCGCUAUGUCCUGUCCUUGCUCCUGGCAGCAGGGACAAUGGGACUUCCGAUUCUGGCGCAUCAAUCCAGGUUGGCGGGACAGGCAGCUGUGCAGCUUCUCCUCGGGGCAAGGGGGCGUAUGCUGCAGCUAUGGCACACGGGGAGAGUUUAGAGAAGGCUGGAGAAUGCACAGUCCUUGGCAGUUUGAUGAGGAGCAGAAGGCACAGAACUGGUGCUGCCGAUGGAAUGACAAGCCCUCGUUCUGUGUCUGGUACCAGCUCAGGCGGCCCCGUGUUAGCUGUGCUGGGUACAGGCCCCCACGGCCCGCUUGGACAUAUGGUGAUCCCCACAUCACCACUUUGGAUAAUGUCAACUACACCUUCAACGGGCUGGGGGACUUCCUACUGCUCCGGGCCCAGGACAGAAAUUCCUCCUUCCUGCUGGAGGGUCGCACUGCCCAGACUGGCACUGCCCAGGCCACUAACUUCAUUGCCUUUGCGGCUCAAUACAACACCAACAGCCUGAAGUCUCCCAUCACGGUUCAGUGGUUUCUUGAGCCCAAUGACAGAAUCCGAGUUGUACACAAUAACCAGACUGUGGCCUUUAACACUACAGACACCCAAGACUUGCCUGUAUUCAAUUCCACUGGUGUUCUACUGACGCAGAAUGGCUCCCAAGUCUCAGCCAACUUUGAUGGAACAGUGACUAUCUCUGUGAUUGCUCUCUCCAACAUCCUUCAUGCCUCCUCCAGCCUAUCGGAGGAGUACCGCAACCACACAGAGGGCCUUCUGGGAGUCUGGAAUGACAAUCCAGAAGAUGACUUCAGGAUGCCCAAUGGCUCCAUCAUCCCCUCAGACAGCUCCGAGGAGACCCUUUUUCACUAUGGAAUGACAUGGCAAGUCAACGGGACAGGCCUCCUGGGGAAAAGGACAGAUCCCCUGCCUGCCAAGUUCACCCCCAUCUUUCUGUCCCAACUGUCGAAUCAGAGCGCCUUGGGUGAAGACUUGACCUCCGAAUGCAAAGGCGACACACAGUGCAAGUUUGACGUUCUGGCCACGGGGAACAGAACGAUUGGACAAAGCACCAACUCGAUCCUUAGUGGGUUCCAGCAUGUGAACGGCACACUCAAUCAGUACCCACCCUUUAUCAACUGCAGCAGCAAGAUUCAAGCCUACAAAGAGCGGACAGUGACCACUGAGAUCACCAGCGACUCUAAGGAUGUCACACUCAGCCUCUCCAACAACUGUCCUGGCUUUAAGCUCUUUGAAAACGGGAGUUUGCAGUGGACACCAACAUCCAAAGAAGCAUGUACCCUAGAGAUUCUAGCGACAAAUGUCAGGACUAACUUGUUAUCGGUACUCCAGCCCAAGAUUGUGGCUUGCUUCUGCAGUAAGGAGGAGCAGUGUUUGUACCAUGAGACCAGCACAGAGGGCAAUUCUUCCCUCGAGGUGACCAGCUGCAAGUGUGAUGGGAAUACCUUUGGCCGCUUGUGUGAGUACUCUAAGGAUCCUUGUGAUGAGCCAUGCUUCCCUAAUGUGACCUGCAUUCCUGGGAAGGGCUGUGAGGCCUGCCCUCCAGACAUGACUGGAAAUGGACGUCACUGUGCAGCUCUGGAGGACUCUUUCCUCUGCCAAAACCAUACCUGUCCUGUGAAUUACUGCUAUAACCAUGGCCACUGCGACAUCUUUGGGGCUCCAGAGUGCGAGCCCACUUGUACCUGCCCCCCUGCCUUCACUGAUAACCGCUGCUUCCUGGCUGGGAACAAUUUUACUCCCACCAUCUAUAAAGAGCUUCCCUUGAGGACCAUCAUACUCUCUCUCAGAGAGGAUGAAAACGCCUCCGCAGCUGACGUCAACGCCUCGGUGGCGUACAUACUAGAGAACCUGGACAUGCAGGCUUUUUUCUCCAACAGCUUAGUGAUACUGAUGCGAAUCUCUCCAGGAGCACAGCCUUCAAGCAAGUCUAUUCAUCACUGGAAGGUCACCUCCCACUUCAAGUACCGUCCCAGGGGCCCCAUCAUCCACUAUCUGAACGAGCAGCUGAUAGGCGCCGUGAGGGAGGCCUUCCUCCUCCAGGCUCAACAGGAGAGGCAGAAGAGGAGCGGAGGAGCCAGGAAGAACGUCCACUUCUUCCCCAUCUCGAGGGAAGAUAUCCAGGACAGGACGGCCCUGAACCUAGAUACACUGGACAAGCACUUCAGAUGUGAUGGCUACAAAGGCUACCACCUGGUCUACAGCCCCCAGGAUGGCGUCACCUGUGUGUCCCCCUGUAGUGAGGGCUACUGUCAUAAUGGAGGCCAAUGCGAGCACCUGCCAAAUGGGCCCCAGUGCAACUGCAAAUCCUUCACCAUCUACACAUCCUCGGGCGACCACUGUGAGCACCUAAGUGUGAAACUUGGGGCAUUCUAUGGGAUCCUCUUCGGAGCCCUGGGUGCCCUCUUGCUACUGGGGAUCUUAGUAUUUGUGAUCCUUCACUUCUGUGGCUGCUCCAUGAACAAGGUCUCCUACCCUUUGGACUCAGAAUUGUGAGGCCUCAUCCCAGAUGGGCAUCUGCACCUAGGAUACCUCAGGACCCACCCAUCAGUCUGCCUCUGCUCUAGGGAGACUGGAAAGGGCCUGCUGCAUGAUGAUGAUUUGAGAUUCUUCAAGAAUGAGUAUAAGGAGUGAAACCAGACUCUACCUGUUUAGUAGACCGGGGGUACAGGAAAAGGCCAGGAUGACCAAAUAUACAGAUGGAUGGGUUCCUACACAGACAUAUUGAAAAGGAGGGUAUUGCUUAUAUAUGAGUGCAGACUGUGUGUAUACACACACACACACACACACACACACACACACACAUGCGCACACACCAGAGCUAAUGGAUGACUGGCUUUACAUUUACCAAAAUUUUUUUUACAUAUAAAACUCAUUUAUUCCUCAUUAAGAUCUAUUUAAAUAAAGUCUCUAUCUUUUUAUGUCUUCAAA